UCGACGACGAUGAGAAGUGUUUUUCUGAUUCUUAUUGUUGCCUUAUGCGGCGUUGUUGAAGCAUCUAAUGCAACAGAGAAAGAAGUUGUAUGUCCGAAAGGAUUCAAGUUGUAUGAGAGGAAGCCGACGCAGAGGAAUAAGUUCACGAAGAACUGGUGUAUGAAGGUAAUAGAAAACGAGGAUGUCUAUGAUCGACCUAUCGCAAGAUCAGUUUGCCUAGAUUAUGACGCAGUUAUUACGAAUGUCGAGAACCAAGAGGAGCUGGAUGAUAUCAAUGCUUUAAUUCGAAAAAACAAUAAACGAGUCGCAGUGGACGGAGUGUUCAAUCCAAAAUGCCGAGGUUUCAGCGACUGGCGAAUGAGAAAGUUUGGAGGACUUUGCGCAAAAGAAAAAGAGCUAUUUAUUCUGGAGGACGAUCACACCGAUCCAGCGUUCAUUCUCACAAAGUGGUCUGGAGAACCGCCAACUUCAUCAGACAAGUAUCAGGAGAAGGGGGACUCUACAGAAAUUUUCACAAUCGCUGAAUGUCUAUCUCUACAUAAUCUCCAGGCAAUCAAGAAUACUGGAAAUUUGAAGGAUUUUUUGUGCGGCGAAGAACCAGACAAACAAGUCGGCGAGGUGCCAUUCUUCGGAGUUCUGUGUGGAUGUGCUCCAGUAUAAAAUUAUUUAACUAGUGCCAAAUGUAUAAACAAUUUUUGAAUUUUUUGAAGAUUUUUCAGAGAAAUCUGUCCUCGAGGCACAAUAUAAAUUGUUCUUACAAUGUAUGCCUAGUUUGAAAAUGUAUAUCAUGACUCGAUUUUUUUUGUGUUAUAAAAAAUUUUCCCUCUAGAAAAA